CUUCCUAAUUAUGUGAUCUUGUUCCAGACAAGGAAAAAGGCAGACGAAGUUGAUUCUGAUGGUCCACGUCUCAAUGACAAGAUUAUUGCCGAUACUGUCAGAUUGGUUUCCGAGGACGGACAUUGCGUUGUGUCGUUGAAGGAAGCCCUCAGGCGUGCUAAGGAGAUCGAUCAGGACUUAGUUGAGGUCCAGAGAGAUGCUACGCCACCAGUUUGUAAGAUUGUAGACUACUCGCACGAGAAGUACAAAAAAGCUCAAGCAGGAAAGGAGCGUGCUAAGGCCAAGCGGGCUGAAAUAACCAUACGACCUGAAGUCAAGGAAAUUCGAUUUACUCCUAAAAUUGAGGCAAAGGACCUAAAGUUUAAAGCAGCACAAGCAUUGAAACUGAUGGAAAAUGGAUAUCGUGUCAAGUGCCAUGCAGUUCCAGACAAGGACAAGAAGAAGGAGCUUGAACCAGAGAAGCUGCUUGAGUUACUAUCUCGCUUCACUUGCUUAAUAGAAGAUGCACUUGUGGAGUUUGGGCCAGAGGCUGAUAAAGGCAACGCCGUUGUGGUAGUUAGACACGCCAAGUUCGGCCCACCAAAGAAAGGAAAGGCGAUAAAACUCAAGGACAUGAACUUGAAAACCUCAGCACGAAUCAAAAACGAGUCACCAAAGCCUGACAACUCGGAAGCUGAAGGGUCUAGUGUUGAUGAUGAGGGAGAGACAGAGACGCAAGAACCUGAGCACGGUGCUAAGUAUGCGAGAAAGGAGCCGAGCAGAGACUUCUCGGGAGGUAGAGAUGCAAACCGGUUCGAACCUCAGUCUCCAAACCAGCCUCGGUUUCCAAGCCAACCUCCAAAGCAACAACCCAAUGGGCGGUUCGAUCCUCAGUCUCCAAACCAGCCUCCAAGUGAACCAAGGCCUCGGUUCCCAAACCAACAACCUCCUGGCCGGUUUGAUCCUCGGUUUCCAAACCAACAACCUAUUGGGCGGUUUGAUCCUCAGUCACCACCUCCAAACCAACAACCUGCUGGGCGGUUUAAUCCUCGGUUCCCAAACCAACAACCUAGUGGGCGGUUUGAUCCUCAGUCACCACCUCCAAACCAACAACCUACUGGGCGGUUUGAUCCUCGGUUCCCAAACCAACAACCUAUUGGACGGUUUGAUCCACAGUCACCAAACCAGGCUUCAACUUCACCAAGGCCUCGGUUCCCAGACCAAGCUCCGAAUCAACAACCCUCUGGGCCAUAUCCAGACCGGCAAGGUCCUCCUCCACCUCGAUUCCAAAACCAACAACCUACCGGUCGGUUUGAACCUCCGCCACCAAACCCACCCCGAGCUCCUCCACGUCCACAAACCCGGUUACCAAACGAAGCUCCGAAUCAACAGCCUUCUUCUUCAAGUUAUGGGAUUUUCAGCACCCCAAAAACCAAGUAG